AUGAAUAUUAGAACAGCUCUCCCUGUAAAGGUUUUUCUCGCAGGACUGCCCCAUCACCAGUCUCUGAUGCUAGUAUUUCAGUCCAAUCUCUUGUUCAGAGACCGAGAUUCUGUACAAAGUCCCGUUCCCGAGCGAAUGAUAGGUGAUGAGACCUCACCAGUGCCUCCAAAGAAACCCCGACUCCGCCAUAUCAUCGAGGACACUACUGGCACUGAUCUUUGUCUGCCGCUGAUAGUCAAUGAUGAAGCUCUGGAACUCCCGCGCGCCUUGAGGUACCCGUUCUGGAUGGAGGUGCCUGACUCGACUGAGAACUCAGACAACGAGAUCCUGGCCACGGAUGGUGAGGAGCAGGAGGAGAAAUUGUACAGUUCACGGGAGGAGAUAUCGGACUCAAAUGAAGACUCAGAGAGCGAGGACUGGCGUGAUUAA